ACGGGAGCUACGGUCGAAAGUGCAGCAGCUGCAGUCCUGAACUAAAGCAAGAUGAAGAACCUGGUUGUGUUGGCUCUGGUAGCAGUGGUCGCAGUGGAGGCCAUGCCGCAGGUGGUCGAAGGGAACGCCCUCACGCCCUCCGCCGCAGUGCCGCAGACUCCUGGCAUGAUCCUGACCGCCGCGCAGGGCACCAUCCCGACGCAGCUGGUGCAGAUCGCCUCGCCGCUCUUCCAGGGCGCCCCAGCGACUGCCGGACCGGGCCAGGCCGCCCCGCAGCUGUUCUCCCUCACGCCCGUUAUGAUCCACCAACUGUCCGAGGCGGAGCAGAACGCCCUCGCCCACCGGGAGUUCCUGAAAAUUUGGGAAGCCCAGGCGAUCCGCAACCAGGCCAUUCCUAUUGCCCCUGCUGACCCCGCCCUUGCAAUUGCCCCCGCCCCUGCCCCCGCCCCUGCCCCGACGUCUGAGACCUUUUCUUUGACCGUCGAAACUGAUCCUGCUGCAGACUCCGCCCCUGCAGCGAGCUCCGACCCAAUCGCCGUCGUUUGAGGGGCACAAGCUCCGCCCACAAAAAGGCUACGUCAUUAGCUAGCGAAGAAAACUCUCCCUUGCGACCGAAGAAAAUACUCAAAUGUUAUAUUUUUUGCCUAAAUAAUACUUAAAGAAGUUUAAAAAUGAUAUUGAUAAGGUCAAAGCAAUUUUUCAUCUUCGCGAGACAAUGACGUCAGCGAGUGAGCGGUUGUUGUACAAAACGUAAUGUGCGACAGAGUUAUUUAGAAAAGCCAAAUUUACAGACAGUUUCAGUAUCACGUAAAUAUUUUGUUCUUUAAUUUCCUCAUCAGCAGACAUUAAGAAAAUUCAGAUUAUAAAGAAGUCCUCCAGUUCUUUUUAAUUUUGUAAUUGAACAAUGAAAUACGCCGAGGAGGAAAAUAAGACUUUAUUUUUACAGAUGUUUUGAUAAAUGAACUGUCUUCCAAUUUCUUAGUAUCUCUUUAGUAUUUGUUUCCGUGUUGUGUAAACGUGAUAAAUAAAAACAAGAAAAUAUA